AGAAUAUACCAUGCAAAGAACAGGAGCUGUGCUGAACUGUGUGGGCUUGUCUUCAUAAGGUGCUGCAACCAUGGCAUCCCAAGGCCAGGCCAUGUUUUGGAGCAUGACUAUGGUCAUCAUCAUCCUGGCUGUGGUGAUUGCCCUGAUCAUCGGGUUUGGUGUCUCAGGAAAUCGCUCCAUCAGCGUGACAGCACUGACGUCUACAGGGAACAUUGGACAGGGGGGCAUCCUGGGCUGCACUUUUGAGCCUGACAUCCAGCUGGGCAGCAUAGAGAUCCGAUGGACCAAGGCAGGAGUAGCCGGGCUGGUUCACGAGUUUAAAGGUGGAAAGGACCACCUGCAAGACCAAGACUCGGUGUUUCGGGGCCGCACAGCCAUGUUUGCAGAGCAGGUGAUGGGUGGCAAUGCGUCCCUGGAGCUGCGGGACGUGCAGCUCUCCGACGCUGGCACCUACCAGUGCUCCGUCACCACGGCCAGAGGGAGUGGGGUGGCUGUGCUGUGGUACAGGACUGGAGCCUUCAGCAUUCCCAAGGUCCAUAUGGAGACCAGCAGCAGUGGGGACACGUUGCAGUGUGAAGCAGCACGCUGGUUCCCUCAGCCUGCUGUGCACUGGACAGCCUGCAGUGACUCUGGGAAGUACCUACCUGGUGUUGCCAACACCAGCUACGAGCUGAACACUGAAAAUAUCACUUUGAAAGUGGUUUCCUUUCUGCACAACAUCACUGCUAAUGUCACCUACACCUGCGUGAUUGAAAACAACAUUGCCAAGGCUACGGGCAACAUCAAAGUGACAGAUUUCAGCAUUGUAAUGUGGACCAACUUGCAGCUGGUGAGCCUGAAUGCAGAGCCUGUGUCCUCCUCCCUUCCAGCCUUUCACUGGAUGCUUCUGCUUCCCCUGUAUCUGCUGUCACUAUAAAGCCUCUAUAAAACAACCAGAAACACUGCUGGACCUGGAGAACAGUCACCAGCUACAAUGAUGACAGGACACACUUCAUGCUUUCCUCUCUCUUGGGGUGAGAACUUUAAGAGCUCCUCCCAGUUCCAGAGCAUGCGGUGGCACAAACAUGAAGCCAGAUGAUUUAUCGCUUGUAUUAUUAUUUCUCACCUGUGCCAACAAUAGCAUGUUUUGUUUGGAUUCGGAAAGAGAGCGAGGAACAUGAUAAGAAUAGUUGUAUAAAUAAAGGAAAAACUCUUGACCACAGGAACAAGAUGUGUUCUCUU